AUUUAAAAUUUCAUCUGGGUUUGGUGCAUAGAGUAAUAAUUAUUAUUAUUGUUCUAUUUUUUUGUAAGUUUGUCUAUUACUAAUAAUAUAUUUUACUAUUUACUUUAUAGUCUAAAACAUGGCUUAAGAUAAGCUAUGAUCCGAAUUAGUAAAAUAUAAUAAAUAAUAAUCUACAGACAAUUGAGGCAUUAUUAUAGUUGGCCCGUGAUUUUAUAUAUCUGUGGUUUUUACGAAAUCAUAAUUUUGGUAUCGAAAGAUUAUAUUGUUCUAUGCUAAAAUACUAGUGCACUACCGUACACCUAACAAUAAAUAAUUAUAAAAUUUAGAAUUUAAAACUAACUGAUGAUGGCAGAAAUGCAUGACCCAGAUUUACAAGCUAAGUCAAGACGUGCCACUGGAAUUUUGUCAGAAAAUCUUCAUUUUGUUGCAAAUGAACCAUCCCUGGCGUUUUAUCGGCUUCAAGAACAUGUACGGAAAUCUGUACCGCCCAUGAUAGAAAAACGAGUACAAGUUCAAAAACUUCAUAAGGAUUUACAAGGCCACUAUUAUGAUGUGGAAUAUGCAAUAGGAGCUAUAAAUUCGAUUAAGAAUUGUGAAGAACCAUUGAAUAGUAUUCAAGAACAACUUAAAAAUGCUUUAUUCCUAAGUCAACAAAUCAAGUAUGAGCAUACUAGGCGUGGGAAAUCUAAAAAAGAUUCUAUGUAUAAACGGUUAUCUGCACACUUGACUACCACUCUAGACCUACCUGAAUUACCAGAAGCUAUUAGAGAUACAGCCAACAAAGUGGAAUCUAUGGUGAACAGUGCACGACAUUCUAAUAUAUAUUAAUAUUGAAUAAAAAGAGUAUAAGACUGUAUAAUAGUGGUACCAUUAAUACAUUAUGAAUAUUUCGUAUUAAAAGGCUCAUCUUCUAUCAUAACACUUGUGUUUAAAAAUCAAACCAUUCAAAUCCAUUGUGAACUUCAGAUAUAGCUGUUCAAAGAAAUUGUCUCACGUUUUAAAUGUGUAUAUAUUUGUAUACUAUACAGGUAAUAUAUAUGUAGAUAAUUGAGACACUUUUUGGUAAUUUAUUAAUAAUUUAUGUACCAUACAUUGGAAUAAAAUUAAAUCACUGUCAGGGCCGAACUUCCGCCUAGGCCAACUAGGCAGCCGCCUAGGGGCCCUUGUCUUCCUGAGGCCCUCAGGGAAACACACACAAAAAAAAGGUAUCACAUACAUAAAUUGAUUAACACGGAAAAUAGUUCAUGUAUAAUAUAGAAUAUUAUUGAGAGGAAGUAAUUUAGAAAUUAAUAUUAUUAUAUUGUGUUUUAGUAAUAUGGAACCGUGUAUAAACAUAAAUAAAUACAUUUCGUGGUGUUUAUCAGUGAUUGUUUCUUUCUAUUCGAUUAUAUUUAUAGCCGAAACCCUUAAAUAAAUGUAUAACCGUAAACACUAAA